UGCAGUCGCUCAAACCAUGGCCACACAACAGACCCUUCUGAUUAUUGGAAUAUUUGUUUUAGCAGGAUUUGAUGGAUGUUUCUCCGUUAUUCCUGAGGAGGAGCAGCACCCAAACUUUUGGUAUGUUAAGGGUAAAGAGGCUCUUCAUACAUCGCUCUCCAUGAAGCCCAACCUGCACCGUGCUAAAAAUCUCAUUCUCUUCCUCGGAGAUGGCAUGGGAAUCAGCACUGUGACCGCAGCAAGAAUUAUGAAGGGACAGAUGGAAGGGAAGACAGGAGAGGAGAGCGUCCUAGCCAUGGACACAUUCCCUCAUCUCGCUCUCUCCAAGACCUACAACGUCGAUCAGCAGAUGCCUGACAGCGCAGCAACAGCCACUGCAUAUCACUGCGGUGUGAAGGCAAACUAUGGGACUCUGGGUCUCAGUGCAGCUGCACGCCGCAAAGACUGCAGCUCCGUUAAAGGCAAUGAGGUCAAAUCAAUUCUGCAUCAGGCAAAGAUGGUUAUUUUAGGUGGCGGAAGGCAGUACAUGUUUCCCAAUGAAACGGUUGAUCCUGAAUACUCCACAUUUACGGGGAGCCGACAGGACAAAACAAACCUAGUUGAUGUGUGGUUAAGAAGCAAAAACAAUGCCAAAUAUGUGUGGAAUAAAAAAGAUUUUGAUGCUGUCAAAGAGGGCAAUACUGAUUACUUGAUGGGGCUUUUUGAGCCAAAGGACACCAGGUACGAGCUGGAACGCGAUCCUUCAAUGGACCCGUCGUUGACUGAGAUGGUGGAAAAAGCCAUUAAGAUUCUUCGCAAAAACUCGAAAGGAUUCUACCUCUUUGUGGAAGGUGGGAGAAUAGAUCACGGCCAUCACGCAGGGCAGGCCAAGUACGCUUUGACGGAGGCUGUGGAAUUUGACAGGGCCAUUGCGCGGGCGGCUGAGCUGACGAGUGAACUCGACACCUUGUCCGUGGUCACUGCUGACCACUCCCAUGUGUUUUCCUUCGGUGGCUACUCUUACAGGGGCAAUCCUGUGCUAGGCGUUUCUUAUUCAAAAGCUGAGGAUGGCAAGAGCUUUACUAAUGCACUUUACGGGAACGGUCCAGGAUACCAGAUUGCGAAUGGAACCCGUCCUGACAUGAAUGCAACAAGCUCAAGCAGUGAUGAAUAUCUUCAGCAGGCUGCUGUACCUCUAGAUUCAGAAACUCAUGGCUCUGAGGAUGUUGCUAUUUUCGCCAAAGGCCCAAUGGCCCACCUCUUCCACGGAGUCCAAGAGCAAAGCUACAUUCCUCAUGCUAUGGCUUACGCUGCCUGUAUUGAGCCCUACACCGACUGCCAGCUAGAAAACUAUGGCGUUUGCACUAAGUUCAGCCUCGCGGUGCUGCUGCUGAGCUUGCUCUCCUCACUCACCACCCUUAUGUAAUGUGACUAAAGUGGGGUGAGGUGCACUUUAAACAGCUUUUCUGUAUAUUUAAAUCACAAUACAUUUGCAGGUUUUUCGCAUUCAGCUGCAACAUUUAGACAACUGACGGGCAAGUUGCAUAAGUUCUGCACUGGAUCGGUGUUUGCAAUUAAUGUUGGUUGAGAUAUAAUUUAGAUCCUCUGUGAGGACAUGAAUGUUGAUUAAUAAAAUUUGGCAAAUCCUAGAAGGUGUACUUGCAUUUACAUUGUAUUCACAUUUCUUUAGUGACCCUAAAAAUACUGAAUAAAUGGUAAUGUAUGUAAUAAA